GGAAGCGGUUACAUCGCUAACUAGUAUUAGUGUUUUUAUUCUUAAUUGCGGCUACGAAUUCAUAUCAUAAAGGCAGCAAAUGAAACACUGUGACAUGGGGCUUUGUAAUGUGUUAUCUGGCAGUGCUCCCAUCUGAAAUGGGAUGUUUUGGUUUUCUAUAUUCUCCUGUAUUUGGGUAAACUAUGUAGGAAGCGUUGUGUCUGUCGCUAGCUACGGUAGCAAGUUAUAUUACUAAGUUAUUCGCUCCUUAAAGUGUCCGUCAACCAGCAAAAUGAAAGUACGCUCGUCUGUGUUUGCCUCGUUUAUUUUAAUAUUUGAAGUUAUUGGGAUAAGCCUCUUCCUGCGGGGAUUUUUCCCUGUUCCUGUCAAGUCUUCUCUGUCAUCCCAGAGCAAGCUGUCCGACCUGCCAGCGGAGCCUCUGACAGGGGGCUCCCACAACUCCUCGCGCCUCCCCCAGCCCCUCUUUAAAAGAGUGGUGAUCAUGUUAGUGGAUGCCCUGCGGGAGGACUUUGUGUUUGGACCCAAUGGUCGCAUGUAUAUGCCCUACACCAGACAUCUGGUGGAAAGAAGCUCAUCGCUGAGCUUUGUGGCAAAGGCAAGAGCUCCCACAGUCACCAUGCCCCGGAUCAAGGCUCUUACCACUGGCAGUAUCCCAGGCUUCAUUGAUGUGGUAAUGAACCUAAAUUCUCCUGCACUGCUGGAAGACAACCUCAUUUGGCAGGCCAAAACAGCAGGGAAGAAGAUAGUCUUCUACGGAGAUGAUACCUGGGUUCGCCUAUUCCCCAAACAUUUCAUGGAGUACGAUGGUACAACCUCCUUCUUCGUAUCUGACUACACUGAGGUUGACAACAACGUGACCCGUCACUUGGACAGCACCCUUAAGAGAGAUGACUGGGACAUUCUGAUCCUCCACUACCUGGGCCUCGACCACAUCGGUCAUAUCAGUGGACCCCACAGUUCACUCAUCCAGCCCAAACUGCUGGAGAUGGACGACAUCCUGAAGAAGAUCCACAGUGCCCUUAUUCCAAAGGAGGCAGAGGGAUCCUUGCCCUACCUGCUGGUGCUGUGUGGAGACCACGGCAUGUCAGAGACCGGCAGCCACGGAGGCUCCUCAGAGCCAGAAGUCAAUACACCCCUGGUGCUCAUAAGCCCGGCCUUUAAGAGGAAAGUGGGAAUGGAGAAACCUGGAGUAGUGGAGCAAGUCGACCUCACUCCGACCCUGGCCCUGGGACUCGGCCUGCCCAUAUCUCAAAACAACGUGGGCCGCGUCAUCCCGGGUGUCCUGGAGGAAACCUCACUGCGAGACCAGCUGCGCUUUCUGCAUCUCAAUGGCCACCAGCUCAGCUGCCUGCUCAAAGACAGCAUGCCGGACUACAAGAGAGAGGCCGGCUUUGAGCAGUACCGUGUGGCAGAGAAGGCUCAUGGGAGCUGGAUGAAGCUCUAUCUGGAGGGAAACACCUCAGAAGUGCUGAGCAAUAUGGGCAAAAAGGUCCUGAAGCAGUACCUGGAUGCCCUGGCCGCCAUGAGCUCAGCCCUCAGCAAACAGCUGGGCAAGUACGACAUGUACUCCAUGAUCGCAGGCAUGGUGUUCGUGUUUCAGCUGCUGUUGGUCUUACUGCUGGCGAUGCCAGAAGCUCUCAGCGGUGCAGCACUAGUGGAUCUUCCAGUCUUCUCAGCUCUGCUCUCCCUGCCUUUCUACCUCUUGUGCCUGCUGCUCGCCUCAGUGCAUGUUUUGGUGUGCACAUCUGCUGAGAGCUCCUGUUACUUCUGCAGCCUCUCCUGGGGUCUCGUGUUUGCUGCUGUUGCCUUCUCCUCAGCGAUGUUUUGUAUUCUGGUCUCUAUGGCAACAAGACGACUCCCCCUGGGACCAAAGGUUCAUGGGAAGUCUCCAUUGAGGAGCAGUGGCAGUGAGUGGUCGCUGUCAGAGCUGGAUGUUUUGCUGUUGGCUGGCACGGUCGGACACACUCUCAGCUUGGCGGCCAGCAGCUUUGUAGAGGAAGAGCAUCAAACCUGGUACUUUCUGCUCAAUACCCUCUGCCUCGCCGUCUUCCAAGAUGUCUGUCGCAAAUACUUCAGAGAGCAGAGUGGGUCUGGAGAUGAAGAAGAGCAUAUCCUCCUUUCCAAAGACUGCCAUCCCCCUGCCUACCCCAAGGCAGAGAUUUGCUCAGAGAAGUGGCUAGCUUUAGCCACGCCGCCCUUCACUCUGGUCUGCUGCCGGCUGCUACGCUCCCUCAACCAGACUGGCGUCCAGUGGGCUCAUCUUCCUGAUGUGGGACAUUGGCUUAACAGCUCCGAACACAAGACGGUACUCUCCUUGCUGGCUGCUUUCUGUUUGGUUCUUAUCUACUUCCUGGUUCAAAGACGGUGCUCAUGGGUGUCCAAGGUGGCCCUCGCCCUUGGACUUUUGGGCGUCUACAACUACCGGGCAGCUGUCGGCAACGUCUCGUUUCCCUGGCAUCACUCCGGUCGAAAUAUGUCCAAGGGCACAGUGGAGGCACGCUUUGUUUACGUCUUUGUUUUGGGCAUCCUCUUCACGGGCACCAAGGACUUGUUGAGAUCCCAGAUCAUCACAGCAGAUGCCAAGUUGAAGAGCAGGGGGUUAUGGGAGAUUUACAGCGGCUUGGUUUUGUUGGUUUCCCUUUUGUUUCGAGCUCACAACCUGCCAGUGCUCUGCUGCUGCCUAUUGAUCCAGACACUCAUGGCUCAGUUUAUCUGGAAGAAACUCCACUACGACGCAGCCCAAACCACUAUCAUGCACUACUGGUUUGGUCAGGCCUUCUUUUACUUUCAGGGCAAUUCCAACAACAUUGCCACCAUUGACAUUUCAGUCGGCUUCGUUGGGCUGGAAAGUUACGUAGAAGCACCUGCCAUCUUCUUAACGGCGCUCAGCACUUAUGCAGGGCCCAUACUCUGGGCGUGUCACCUCGUCUGCUACCUCAGCUCAGAGAGAGAAAGGAGCCCGGUUGCAGUCAGCCAUGGUUGCUACUGUUUGGCCCUGCUGAGGUCUGUGCCAGCUGCAGCCUACAUUGUGCUGGUAACUGUUCUGCGUUACCAUCUCUUCAUUUGGAGCGUCUUUUCACCCAAAUUGCUGUAUGAGUCCAUGCACCUGCUGCUGACUGCUGGAGUCUGUCUCUUCUUCAACACGAUGGAGCAGAGCCGCAGUUCCAGUUUGUCUUGACGAGCCAAAGACUGAGGAUCUUCCCUUAAGGCAGAAAAGUGAAUCCUAAGUUCCCGCCCCAACACUUGUCACUCACCCUGAUGAGCUGUCUGCCUUGAAACAGCACCUCGCCCGAGGCUAAGAUCACUGACAUCCCCCAAGCCGCCACAGGCGUCGGAGAAGCAGAUGCCAAGCACCGCCAAACCAAGAAAGGGGGGCGAAAAAAGCAAAUGCUGUGUCUGAGUAUAUCUGAUGCAAGACGAGCUUCAUUCUUUUGUUUUGCUGCCGUCGUGGUUGUUCCUGAGACUUCCUUUUAAGCCUCACCUUCACAGGGACAACCUCGACUCCGACUACACCUGCAGAGAACAGAAUUUAAAUGUCCCGAACAUCAUUGAAAAGUCAGACAAACAAGAGGAUUUACAUUUGAAUACACAGGGUCACUGACAGACACACGCUGCAUAUGUAUCACUGCGGGUUGGGUGGUUUGCAUCAGAAGAAGGACACAUUUAGCUGUGAGCUUGUCGGGCUCAAACCUGAAUUGACCCUUUUUAAAUUGACAGUGUGCUGCUGUCAAGUGCCCCUCCUCUUUUUCAGACUCCAAACAAAGUCCUGAUGGAAAUAAUUUAUGAACCAGAUAAUCUUUAUCACUCAUAAUUAUUCAUUCAGUGUUUGGUAUGUUUACCAUCACUGUGCUUGUCUAGCAGCUGUUCUAAUGUCUCUGUAAAGUAGGAAGAUAUAUAAGAUGAUGCAAAACACAUGAUAUAAGCGACAGUGUUGCAGUUGUCUACCAUGUAUGACUGAUUAUGUCCAGCUUUUUUUGUCAGUGCUAUAUAUGUUUUUUUCUAUGUGUUGCAUAGAAGAAACUUCCAUAAUACUUAUCUGAGAGAUAGAAAUGAAUGUUGCUGACUGCUGUGUGUGUUUCUACAGUGCUGAGGAUGAAUAAUGUUUGAUUGGGCAGCAUCCUUCUGCAUCUCAUCAGCACUAAAAUGAAAACCUGUGACUACUUCAUUAUUCCGGCCAGCUCUGUGGAAUAUGAGAAACUCUUGUUGUACUUUGGGACACCAGGUUUGAUAAUAUCAUUAAAGUGAUGGUUUUUCUUGAUGUUGGCAGCAGAUCUGCCACCAGCAGCCAACGCUGUGAUUAGUUUUUCUUGCAUUUUCUGUGGAUAAAGUUUGGGUUUCUUUAUUGGGCGUUCUUCCCUUUUUUUUCCCCUAUUCUUUGUUCAUUCAUCUACUUCUUAGUCUGUUUAUUCUAAACAACGCAAACAGAUAAAAAGCAUCACUUCACAAAGUGUUCAGCUCAGAGAGAAAAGGAAAUCCUGUCGCAUAGUUAUGUUUAUACUAGAGGUUUAUUUAUGUUAUUUUUUUCCAAAACCUCACGGCUUUUCUGUAAAACAUUUCUGCACCGGUGCAAGAAGAGACCUCAAAGCAGCUUCUCACGAAUCUGAUGGGACAACAUUUUCCGUGUGAAAGCAUUCUCCUGUAUCCAAAUAACCACCAACCCAUGAAAUGGAUCAGAAUAAUUGUACUAAGCACAUGGUUGAAAGCCUUUCAGUACGUGUCAGCAAUACAGGGCUCUCACAUAAAAGUGGACUUCUUUUUUGUGUAUACUGUUGCAACUCCAUCUUUGUAGAAAUUAAUCUUGUAUUUCUUUUAUAUGUAUGUUGAAUUUACAUACUCCACAUUUGCAUUGACUACAGGCUUUUCCAAGUGUUGCUCAUAUACUCCACCUGUUAUUUCAAUAGAGAGAUUCAAUAUUUCACUCAAGGUAACAUUUAGGACAAUGGGGUUUUUUUUUUUAUCUUUAUUUCUUCAUGUUGAAAAAUUUGGAUCGUAAGAAAAAGCACAAAUAUCUCAAAUUUGUGCUUCCUUUUCAUGGUUAAAACUUGCAUAUCAGCUUAUUCUGGUUAUUUAGUUAAAGGUAACUAUGCAAUUCAUCCUGUUAAUGUGUAUGUGUCUCUUUGUUUGUGAUCCCUUUUGUUUUAUGAAGUGUUGAAUGUGAUGAAAACAUCCCAAAAGUUAAUUUAACAACUUCUUAUUUCUGUAUUUUGUGACCGAUUUGGGGUUUUUGGCUUCUUUGUUUUUGUUGCGGAGUUGAAACGGAUGUGAAAUGAUGAAAAGUGACAGAUGACAAAACUCUUUUAAAUCAAGACUACUUUCAUUAUUUGUGUUCUUAAUACUGAAAUAAAUUAUUUACUAUACUUAG